AUGAUGGUGGAGACACAGGGAAUGCCGGAUUUGGAACGAGACUUGGAAAUGGCGGCUGGCAUGGCACAAGCCGAAGUGUCGUUGGAGAAGUUCCUCUUGCCACUGGGCAUGGCAGCGGUCGCACUGGGAGGAUCUGCCGCGUGCCACUACGCUGGAAUUGAUGUGGGUAGCACACUCAGUGCCUUUCGAGAAGAUCCGCAAGCCUUUUUGCAAACCUAUCUCGAUGGUCUCGGUCCACUGGCGGUUGUCUACUUUGGUGGAUUGUACGUGGCUGCCGAGUUAUUGGCGAUUCCUGCGACGCCUCUGACCCUCAGUGCCGGAUAUCUCUUUGGAUUCACCGAGGGAUCUCUGGUAGUGCUGGCGGCAGGAACUCUGAGUGCUUGCAUCGGAUUUUUCAUUGGCAAGACACUACUACGACAAUGGGUCGAAUCGGUACUGGAAGAGAAUCCUCAAAUGAAAAAACUCGACAAUGCCAUUGGUUCGGAAGGAUUCAAACUGCUGGUACUAGUUCGACUCUCUCCCAUUUUCCCCUUUUCACUCCUCAACUACACAUACGGUGCUUCCUCGAUCAGUUUUCCCACCUUUGUCACGGGAACACUGCUGGGAUUCACACCCAGUACGUUGGGAUAUGUCUACACCGGAUUGGCCGGUAAGGAACUCUUGUUGGGAGAAGGAACGCAACCGUGGUAUGUCUACGCAUGUGCCUUGACAGUCCUACUGGGAUUCCUCAAGUUGGUUACCGAUGUCGCCACGGAUAUCGUGGGAGCCAUGGAUGAGGAGCCAGAAAGUAUACUGUAG